AUGGCGGCGAGGGGCCAUGUGCAAGACCCUAACGACAGGAGACUCAGACCCAUUUACGAUUACCUUGACAAUGGCAAUAACAAAAUGGCAAUCCAGCAGGCUGACAAGCUGCUGAAGAAGCACAAGGACCUUCACUGUGCCAAGGUCCUGAAGGCCAUCGGUCUGCAGCGCACGGGCCGACAAGACGAAGCGUUCACCCUAGCCCAAGAAGUAGCCACCCUGGAGCCCACCGACGACAAUUCCCUCCAAGCGUUGACCAUUCUGUACAGAGAAAUGCACAGACCGGAGUUGGUGACCAAACUGUAUGAAGCAGCAGUCCGGAAGGUUCCGUCUAGUGAAGAAUAUCACUCCCACCUGUUCAUGGCCUACGCUCGCGUUGGGGAAUAUAAGAAGAUGCAGCAGGCUGGAAUGGCACUUUAUAAGAUUGUCCCAAAAAACCCGUAUUACUUCUGGUCCGUCAUGAGCUUAGUCAUGCAGGCUAUCUCAGCACAGGACGAUAAGCUCUCUCAGACUAUGUUCCUGCCCUUAGCUGAACGCAUGGUCGAGAAAAUGGUUAAAGAAGAGAAAAUCGAGGCGGAGGCUGAGGUGCAGCUGUACUUUAUGAUCCUGGAGCGGUUGGGGAAGUAUGUAGAGGCGCUGGAGUUGAUCCGCGGUCCACUGGGAGAGAAACUGACCAGUGAGCUGCAGAGUAGAGAAAACAAGUGUAUGAAGCUUUAUCGGCGACUGGAGCGCUGGCCCGACUGCAACGCCCUGUCCCGCAAACUGCUCCUCAAAAACCCUGAUGAUUGGCAGUUCUAUUUGUCGUACUUUGAUUCGUUAUUCCACCUCAUCGACCAGGCCUGGACUCCGCCGGAGGAAGGAGAGCACUGCGCGGAGGGGGAGGUGCACCAUUCCACGGCCCAGGCCAUCGGCUUCGUGGAGGAGCGAGUGACGGUGGAGGAGGCGAAGGAGUCGAGGCCGCUGAGGGGACCGUACCUGGCCCGUCUGGAGUUGAUCCAACGCCUGAGAGAGAGAGGGAGUCCAGAGGAGCACCAGCUAGGUGAACCGGUGGAGCUGAUGAUUCAGUUCUUCGUGAAGUUUGGUGAUAAGCUGUGCUGCAUUACGGACCUGAAGAUCUUUCUGGAUCUCCUCACCCCUGACCAACAUAUACAGUUCGUUAACAGGUUGACGGAGGCGGUACCACUUGGGGCUCCGGGCGAAGAUGGCAUCGCGCUGCCAGGAGACACGCGUGCUCUGCAGAGGCACCUGUGUGUGGCUCAGCUGAGCCGGUCCCUGGGCCUGCAUCACGCUUUGGAUACGGACGCAAAACAGGGCCUGAUCCGGGAACUCAAAGUCCACUAUCGCCACGGCUUGCAGUUUGGGAAAUCGUGCUUGAAGACAGAGCUGCAGUUCUCUGAUAUGUACUGUCUCAUGGCAGCUCACGUCUAUAUAGACCUGUGGACAGACACCGGGGACGAGGGCAUGCUGUGGCAGUGUCUGGGCCUGUUAGAGGAGGGCCUGUCCCACAGCCCUUCCAACGCCCAGUUCAAACUGCUCCUCCUGCUCCUCUUCUGUCGCCUGGGGGCCUUCGAACCCGUAGUGGACCUGUACUCCAGCCUGGACGCUAAACACGUCCAGCACGACACCAUCGGGUAUUUACUGACACGCUAUGCCGAGUCCCUGGGACAAUUUGCUGCUGCUUCCCAGUCCUGUAACUUCUCCCUCAGGUUUUUCCACUCAAACCAGAAAGAUACCUCAGAAUACAUCAUUCAAGCGUAUAAAUAUGGCGCGUUUGAGAAGAUCCCUGAGUUCAUCUCGUUCAGGAGUCGGCUGAAUAACUCGCUACACUUCGCCCAAGUCCGCACCGAACGCAUGCUGCUCGACCUCCUCUUGGAAGCAGACAUUUCGUCUCCUUUAGAGGAAAGUGUGAAAUCCAUGGGACUGUGUCCCGAGGAGGACGACAUCCCGUGGGAAAACCUGCGAGACAACCGGGACCUCACAGUCCUCGUGAGCUGGAACCCCAAAGACCGGCAGCUGAGUGAAGAGCAGAGGCAGCAGUCAUUGGAGGAGGAGGCCCUGUGGCUGAAGGUGCGGUCGCUGACGCUACGUCUGGUCAGCUGUCUCUCCACCCUCAUUCAUCCUCCGUCACAGCGGAACUCGGAGAAGACCACGGAGAAUGGCGUGGCCGCGAAACCCUCUCUGCUCCAAACCUUGCUCUCCCAGUUGGAAGCCACGCUAAACCAGGCUGCCCAGUACACAGAAAAACAUUCAGAGCAGCAGUAUCCCUUCCUGGGCCCGCCCUCCACGAGAAUGACGCAGGCUCUGGCCAGUGGCAGCUGUCAGUGUCAGCUCUCCGCCCUGCAGCUCUCCGCACACAUACAGGAGCUGGAAGCCACUGGUCUUGACGAGUCGGCAGAACUUCAAACCCAAAUAUCCAAUUGCUUCAAAUCUUUAGUAGCACAACUUCAAGGUAUAGUAGACAAGUGUAAAGGUGACCUAAUGGAAAUGACGGACAGCCAGUGCAGAACACACCCCUCCCAGCUAGAAAACCUCGUCUUUUUCGUUGAGACUAUUAGCAUUGUGCUCUGGGUGUCCAGCCACUGCAGUAGCAUCCUCCGGCCACUGAAGAGCAGCCUACAGAAGAAGAAGAAAAAGAAAAAGGAGACCAGUGCAGCAGUGCCGGUGGUGUUUUCUGGGUUUGUGGAGUUCGUGGAGGGCCUGCAGGGCCUCAUCUCCCAGGUGGUGGAGAACAUAAGGAGCCAGGAGAGCAGUCUGACCGCACUGAAACUGGGCGCUCUGUGUCUGCAGGGACACGCCCAGUCUGAGGAGGACCUGACUUUUACGAAGACUGCAGUGGAUAAGGUGCAGGCCAGUUACCUGCGCUCGCUCCAGGAGGUGUCAGAGCUGCUGAAGAAGAGGGCCGACACGGUGAAAUCGCUCAAAAUCUGAACGCUCCUCCCAUAACCUGCGCCUCCUCCGCACCGCACGCUCCCCUGUGACUGCUCCUCCAGUCUCCAGCACAUCGUUUUGGCCCCUGCUCCACCUCCCCUCCGUAAAUCUGUCGCUUCAUAUCUGCCUGUCGAUUCCACUGGCUUUCUCACCGGGUCU